AUGGCCCAAGUAGUUUCCCACGGCACGCCGAUGGGGACAACUACGAGUUUGGGAACCAUGGGUUUCAUGAAAUCUCGGAACUGUAAGUGAUUACGAUGAUUUCCGGGAUGAUUGGGACGGUCACAUCGUUGAAGGUAAACACCGGUAAGAUCAUGGAUUUUGAAAAAUGACUGAAAACAUUAUACUUUUUCAGAAACGUCUUUUGAAGAUCGGAUAGCUGGGAUCACUGUCAAUUUCCAGGUGGGACGACUUCUUUACUCAAAAAAUUUUGAUUCGAAUUUCAAGAUGACAUGAAGAGGCGCAACCAGCUUCCUACUGCACGCAGAACUUGACGACUACGAGUCUAGGCACGAUGGGUUUCAUGAAAGCGGGGAAUCGUGAGUGAUUUGAGAGAGUUUUUAAUUUUGUGAUAAAUGUUUUCAGGUGUCGCCAGGACAAGCGCCGGGAGGGAAUCAACAGCCAACCAGCAGGAUUCUUGGAAUGA